CACAGUCUUUUGGUGUGCUAGCUGCAAUUUUUUCUAAGCAAGUUCACUCUUUCAUUUCAUAAAUAAACAGAAUGGCAUCGUCUUUGCGGCUUCCUUCCUUUCUCUUCGUGUUUCUUCAUGUUAUUUUAUUUUGGUCUGAAUCAGUUCAUUGUGAUGGUUCUGAAGACACUUUGCUUGAAGGUAUCAAUAAUCACAGACAAUACUUAAAGUUGUCGGCCCUCACAAGGACUGAUAACACACAAUGCCUUGCCGAGCAAAUAGUUUCCCAGAUAGACGACGAUCCUUGCAACACCACCACCACCAUCCCCACCCACCCCAUCACCAUCGCCACCGUGGGCUCCUCCUCCUCCCACCCUCAACUAUCUACCAACUUUCCCCGUCUUUUGAAAGAUUGUAAUAUAAACAUUAACUCGACAAGCAAUGGGUUGAUAUUGCCUAUUUGUGUUGCCAAGUUUGUUGCCACUGGUCUAGUUUGCGCAAGAUGUCCGCAGUCACAGUACGCACAAUACCUCCGUAGUUCCAAUUACACUGAAGUUGGCAUAAGUGCAGGAGUCAGCUGGACAGCCAUUGUUUUGAACGUAAACACAACCACUGAAAAAAGUGCUGCUAAUUUGGUUUCUAACGCGAGCUUGAGUCAUUGCUUCUUGUUGUUGUUGUUAGUGUUGUUUCUUUUAUACUAAUUAUGUAUGGAGUCUAAGGUUUCUAUGGUGCAUGGAAUAAUGUUUGGGUUGUGUAAAAUGUGACUUAAGAAGAGUAGUGUCAGCUUGGAGGAAAUGCUUCAUAGCAGAUCAGAUUGGAGGUCUGCUAUGUGGAAAAUGUUUCAUUUUUUUAUUUUUUAUUUUUUUCUGAUGGCCACUGCUGGUUCUGGAUUUUUUCUUAUGCUUGAAAGGAUUUUGGUUUGUUUAGUGUCUAUUGUUUUUGGGUGCUUGGCUUCUGUUUUUGGUUUCUCUUUUCUUUUCGUGCUUUCACUUGGUCCCUCACUAACAUUUUUAGUGUAACAGAAGAUUUGUCUUUUAUUUUAUUUUAUGCUUUUUCACA